CUUUAAGGAAGAGAAAGCCUUCCUUAGAAGCACAUUGUGAUGGAACUUUGUGUGGGAAGCAACAAGGCUUUAAGGAUAAUUGGGUUGGCGAUGUUGUUGUCCUGGGCUCCAAUUGUAUCUUCAUUUAUAGAAUGCUCCAUAAUUACUCAGCUUUUCUCAGCAUGCUCCUUGUUCAUCACCCAUGGCACCCCAGACCCCAUUCCAGGGUCCCCUUGUUGUGAUGCUAUGUCUGGAGUCAACAGUAUUGCUAACACCGCUGAUAAUAGGCAAUAUGUUUGUAGGUGCUUAAUGGAUCUCAUCGACAAUUUCAGUUCAAAUGCCUCAGCCAUAGGUAUCUUACCAGGCUUAUGUGGUAUCUCUUUCGGAUUCAAUAUUGAUCCUAAUGCAGACUGUAGUUUAUAACUUUAUACUUUUAUACCAUAUUUGCUGUAUAAUAAUCUACUUAGAGUUCAACUUUCAAUAAGAUAGAAGAGGGUCUUCAUCUACCACCAUUAAUAUUCACUCAACAUAUAUGAAGAUGUUCAUAGCCAUAGCCAUGUUAGUGACCCACACCACUAUGUCGGGUGGUGUGGUGGUUGUCGUUGGAUAUAUACUUGAAGCUAAGGUCGCUCCAAUGUUUUAUU